AUGCUGGCGAUCCUCUACGACCCUGACUGCCUCCUCCACGAGACGGUAGAAAUACUAGGUUCCAAACUCAUUCCGGCGCUUGAGUCGCCUGCGCGGCUCGAAGCGAUUCUGAAAGCUUUACGUCUCUCCGAACAUGACGUCCGCACAGUACAAUUCAGUUCGUCGACUGACGAAGAACGGUUCACGCAACUUCUAAGCCUGACAUCUCAGACCCACAAACACGACUACCUGGCUCAUCUCCAAACGGUUUACGACGAAUGGCUAUCAGCCGGUCUCAUCGAGAGGGAAGGUCACGUGCUACCUGAAUGUUUCUACCUACCCACAUCCACGGGGAAACCGAUGCGACCGCCAAAGGACACCUUUGCCCGAGCAGGGUACUACGCUUUCGACAUGAGCAGUGGGAUCAUGUCCGAGUCGUACCGCGCGAUCGUGGCCUCGGCCAACCUCGCGUGUGAAGGUGUAGACAUGUUGACCGGUGACUACAGGAAACGUGCUACAUCCACUCCAGCAUCAUCGGACGUAGACACCGUCUUUGCAUUGUGCAGACCUCCAGGCCACCACUGCGACGGCCGACGCGCCGGAGGGUACUGUUACAUCAACAAUGCGGCGUUGGCAGUCAGUGCUUGGCGUGCGUCAAAUGCAGGUGCAAACGCAGACGUAAACGCCAAAGUCGGCAUCCUCGACAUCGACUUCCAUCACGGCAAUGGGACACAGGAGAUCUUCUAUUCUGACCCCGACGUUCUCUACGUCAGCAUCCACGGUGAGGACGAGUUUCCAUACUACACCGGUGCCGAGGACGAACGGGGGCUUGGGGUUGCACAAGGCACCAACGUCAAUCUCCCCCUCAAGGUCGGAAGUUCCAUCGAAGAGUACACGGAGAAGCUCGACUACGCCUUGACGAAGUUAGUCGAGUACGAGACCGAAUUCUUGGUCGUCAGUUUGGGGUUCGACACCUACCAUUCCGACCCGCUCGGUGGUUUCCAAAUCCACACCGAGGACUACGAGAGCAUUGCCAAGAAAACGAGGCAGAGCUUGAAGGGCGUCCCGGCUCUUAUUCUUUUGGAGGGAGGGUAUGUGAUUGAAGAUUUGGGGAACAAUGUCUUGUCAUUCCUCAAGGGGUGGAAAUCUGUUAUAUAAACAACAGGUACGGAGUAAGGAAUACUUGAG